AUGGAAGUAGAGGGCUCGAGUAGUGGCCGGAGGCAGCUUCCGUCAAAGGAGGAGAUGAGCCGUGGAGCGUAUUUGGCGUGGGAAGACUUGACGGUGGUUAUACCCAACUUCAGUGAGGGUCCGACUCGAAGGUUACUCCAAAGGCUAAACGGGUAUGCAGAACCGGGUCGGAUCAUGGCUAUAAUGGGUCCUUCUGGAUCCGGAAAGUCAACUCUUCUUGACUCUCUCGCAGGUAGGCUCGCAAGAAACGUUAUCAUGACCGGUAAUCUUCUCCUGAACGGCAAGAAAGCCAGACUAGACUAUGGUCUCGUAGCAUAUGUAACACAAGAGGACAUAUUGCUGGGGACACUAACAGUGAGGGAGACAAUAACAUACUCAGCUCACUUGAGGCUUCCAAGUGAUAUGUCGAAUGAGGAAGUGAGUGACAUUGUUGAAGGCACAAUCAUGGAGCUUGGUCUUCAAGAUUGUGCAGACAGAGCCAUCGGAAACUGGCACGCGAGAGGAGUCAGUGGCGGCGAGAGGAAACGUGUCAGCAUCGCUUUGGAGAUCCUCACUCGCCCUCAGAUCCUCUUCCUCGACGAACCCACCACCGGCUUGGACAGUGCUUCUGCGUUUUUCGUGAUUCAGACACUUAGGAACAUCGCUCGCGAUGGCAGAACAGUUAUUUCAUCUAUCCAUCAGCCUAGCAGCGAGGUUUUCGCGCUGUUCGAUGAUCUCUUCUUGCUAUCAAGUGGUGAGUCUGUCUACUUUGGUGAAGCAAAGUCUGCUGUUGAGUUCUUUGCCGAAUCGGGCUUUCCCUGCCCUAAGAAGAGGAAUCCUUCUGAUCAUUUCCUGCGAUGCAUAAACUCGGACUUUGAUACAGUCACAGCUACACUCAAAGGCUCUCAGAGAAUUCAGGAAACACCACCUACAUCAGAUCCACUGAUGAACCUAGCAACACCUGUGAUCAGAGCAAGGCUUGUUGAGAACUACCGGAGAUCAAAGUAUGCGAAAUCCGCAAAAUCUAGGAUUCGAGAACUAUCUAACAUCGAAGGGCACGAGAUGGAAAUGAGAAGAGGAAGUGAAGCAAGCUGGGGGAAACAACUUAGGACACUAACAGCGAGAUCAUUCAUAAACAUGUGUCGUGACAUCGGUUACUACUGGACAAGAAUAGUAAGCUACAUUGUUGUUUCCAUAAGCGUAGGAACCAUCUUCUACGAUGUUGGUUAUAGCUACACAUCAAUCUUAGCCCGAGUCUCUUGUGGCGGAUUCAUCACCGGUUUCAUGACUUUCAUGUCCAUUGGAGGCUUCCCUUCUUUUCUUGAAGAAAUGAAGGUGUUCUAUAAGGAGAGGAUGAGUGGUUACUACGGCGUUGCGGUUUAUAUCCUGUCGAACUACAUCUCUUCUUUCCCGUUCUUGGUUUCGAUUUCGGUUAUCACUGGAACAAUUACUUACAACUUGGUCAAGUUUCGUCCAGGGUUCUCGCAUUACGCUUUCUUCUGUCUCAACCUCUUCUUCUCAGUCUCUGUGAUAGAGAGUCUCAUGAUGGUUGUGGCUUCACUUGUUCCAAACUUCUUGAUGGGUCUUAUCACUGGUGCUGGCCUCAUUGGAAUCAUCAUGAUGACAUCUGGAUUCUUCCGUCUUCUUCCUGAUCUUCCCAAAAUCUUUUGGCGUUAUCCAGUUUCAUACAUAAGCUACGGAUCUUGGGCUAUCCAGGGAGGAUACAAGAAUGACUUUCUCGGAUUGGAGUUUGAGCCUCUAUUCCCGGGUGAGCCAAAAAUGACAGGAGAAGAAGUGAUCAACAAGGUAUUCAGAGUACAGGUGACACAUUCGAAAUGGUGGGACUUAGCUGCGGUUGCAGGAAUCCUUGUGUGUUACAGGCUUCUCUUCUUCGUUGUCUUAAAGCUGAGGGAGAGAGCAGGACCGGCUUUGAAGGCGAUUCAGGCGAAAAGAACGAUGAAGAACCUAGACAGGAGACCUUCUUUCAAGAGAAUGCCUUCUCUGUCUCUGUCACUGUCUUCAAUGUCUUCAAGGAGACAUCAGCCUCUCCGUUCACUUUCUUCUCAAGAAGGCCUUAACUCUCCAGCCCACUACUAG